GCCCUCUCCAAGCAGACACUUUCACUCAUCAAAAGGUCUCUGCCCUCGGCCUCGAGGCCGUAUAAAGGCAGAGAGACACCGUGCCCCUUUCCCUUUCUAACUUUGUCUGAAGUCUACAGGCCACAGAGUAUUAUCAUGCCUCCAGACAUCAGUGGGAAAUGGAUUCUGGAAACCAAUGACAGACUGGAGGAUUACAUGAAAGCGCUAAAUAUUGACUUUGCCACAAGGAAAAUUGCCCUUGCCUUGUCACAGACCAAACUGAUAACCCAAGACGGAGACAAGUUUACCAUCAAAACAUGCAGCACCUUUAGGAAUUAUGAGAUUUCCUUCACUGUGGGGGUGGAAUUUGACGAGCAUACUGUAGGAUUAGACAACAGACAUGUCAAGAGUUUGAUAAAGUGGGAGGGGGAUGAGCUGGUGUGCACUCAGACAGGACAGAAAGCCAAUCGUGGCUGGAAACACUGGUUACAAAGCGAAAAACUCUACCUGGAGCUGACGUGUGAAGAUGUGGUGUGUCUUCAGGUGUUCAAGAGAAAAGAAUAGUAUUUGUUUGACUUCAUUCUGAAAACAUUUAUGCCAUAUCCUCCUAGUUGUGAAAGAGUAAAAUGGAUAUUGGAAAUACUACAAUGUAUUUAAAUUGUGUUUUGGUGGUUUAAGCUUCAGUUUGUUUUAGCAUUUUUAAUGCAUCUGACAAAUACACUUUUAAUGACACAAAACAAAUAAUUUAUUUGUGGUUUUUCAUGUUGCCCUUCAUAAUGCAUUCCUUCAUUUUGUACAAAAUAAAAGCUUUGGUGAGUAAGAGAGCUGGUUUUAAAAGCUUAACCAUGAUGAUUUAUUUAGCUUCUGCUGGAAUCUUGUUAAAGUUUAAUGUCGUCUUUACAAUGAAACUCCAGAACUUGACUCUCACCUGGAUCCAUCCCCCUCCCCUUCAGAAGGGCAUCACUUCAUCUCUCCUCCAUCCCUGAAGAAGCAGUUUUAGUCAAAUAUCUUAUCAUGUCAUAUGAUAUCUUAUCAUAUAUCAUGUCUUAUCAUUAUUACUUGUUGGACUGAAAUCUCACCAUGCUUGAAUAAAACAAAACCAUUCCCACUUCUUA